AUGUUUUUACUCAAAAUCCUCCCGUUUCUAACGCUGUGGUGUGUAUCGAAAUGUAAGAUUGAUUUAAAAAAACAGUGUGUAGACGACUACAGAGAUUUAAAUAACAUUACUAUUGAUGUGAAUAAAUAUUGUUCUGACGAAUUGUGUAUACAAAAAUGUUGCCCCAAUGAAUAUUGCAUCGAUAAUUAUGAUAAGUGUGUUAAGAUUCAAGACCUCCGUAGGACAUUCGGUGUAAAAUUUAAAUCAUUAUUGACUUUAAUAGAUUAUGAUAAUAUUACCUUCUAUUCAAAUAGGGAGCUAAGACAGACAGUUAAAAGGAAGUUUAAAUACAUUCAAAACAAUAAAAAUAAAAUUUAUAAAAAAAUGUCAAUGUGUGGACAUUUACACAGUGAACUGCUAUACGAUGAUACAUUUUAUUUUACGAAAAAUGCGUCGGUCAUGAUAUAUGAAGCAAUCUAUAGCAAAAAAUGGUAUAUCCUCAAUGCCAGAGAAUAUUGCGUAGACUAUAAACUCGCAAACCGAAGCGGAAAAUUUACAAUUUCGUUAGUGCUCAAAGAAUAUUAUCAAUUCUAUGACAACGAUGGACUAAAUGAUAUCCUACUAUUCAUAGGUCUGCUGAUAUCAUCUGUGUUCCUACUACUCGUGUUUAUAGUUCAUUGUAUGUUAAGAACGCUACACUCAUCUUUCACGGGACUUUUAAUGAUGGCGUACACAAUAACAAUUCUACUGGGCUUCAUAGUCAAAGUCAUCAUGCAAGCAACAAUUGGAUAUAUGACGAAUAAGAGCUGUAAAAUAAUAACACCUUUCCUAUAUUUUCUUUUGAUGUCGAGUUUCUUCUGGUUAAAUGCUUUCUCAUUCUGUAUAUGGCGAGGAUUGAGAAAAAAUAUUGGAGUAUAUAAAGCGUCACGGCGGGAGAAGUUAUUGAGUUUCAGCCGAUACGGUCUGUACGCGUGGGGUGUACCACUGGUGAUCACUGGGAUCGUCACCUGCCUGGACAACAUCGACAUUAGUAAAUGGAAUUAUAUUAUCAAACCACCUUUCGACGACUGUUUCAAAAAUGAGUAUGGAGUUGAACGGUACUAUUUCAUACCACUGGGUGUGAUAAUGUUUAUUAACAUAGUCUUGUUCAUAAUAACGAUCUACCAUAUAUUGACAACCACAUACUCAACAAAACGAAAUGCAGAGUUUAGACGAAGUGGCAGGGAAAACAGCUAUAAGACUUACAUGAAACUGUCACUUACUAUGGGCAUCAGUUGGGUCCUCGAGCUGAUUCCAAACUCUAAUAACACAUUCAUCUUCGUCCUGAGCAACUUGUACAACAGUCUGAUCGGAGUCAUCAUAUUUUUCGUGUACAUUUUCGACAAAAACGUUUUGAAUGAAUUAUGCAAAAAGUUCAACAUACAAAGUGGUGUUCUGAUUAAAAUAGCGCGCCGUAAAUCCCUGUUCAGACUAGUGAGGUCAAUGAAGGUAAAUCGUGAAGAAUUAGCUUGUAUGCGACCUCCUACUACUUCGACUACAGCACAAAGUUCUGUGGCCGAGAAUGAAACAUCUUUAAAUUCAUUUUAA